AGAUGCUGUGAAGUGUUGUGAUGUUGUUUAUGGAAUAUGUAGGUAUAUACCUAUACAUAUAGCACAGUACAGCCACUACUGCAGCAGUCGAAAGAAGUGAGAGAAAAUUAGUUCAGUGAAAAGUGAAAUCAAAUUUCCAGCCAUCCACCAGCCUGCCGAUCGAACGAACGAAACGAUGGAAUCUGAUGGAAGCUGCAAUCUCGGGGUGGUUUAUUCUUAGUCAAAAGCAAUUCAGGUUUAGUUUUUGCACAAUGUGCUGAUUUUAAGAAAGGGCUCAAUGCUCACUGGAAAAUGUGAAUACGAGCAGUAAAAUGGCUGUCGGUGAUAGUUGCAGGUAUUGUUCUUAUUGUUGUCAUCGUCGUCGUUAUUGUUGGUUCUUGUUGUUGCUGUCUCUUUCUUCGUCGUCGGUAUUCGACAGUGCGACACAGUGAGGAAAAGUGUUUAGUUAUUCUUCUGUUUCGAGGCAAAAGGUAUUGGAUCCACGGUUUUAACGCCAUACCUAAUAGUCGAGAAGAUAUCAGCAAAGGGAACAAAUCGAAUAUUUUGUAGGAAACAAUGUUGGCCUUACAUCAUAUGACUCCGGGGGAGUUGACGCAGAUAUCGAAUUUGCACACGCUCAUCCUCGAAAUCAACAGCGAAGUAGCACUGUUUAGGGACCUUUUAAUACACGUCGGCCAGUCGCGGGACUGCCCGGAACUGCGCGAAAAGAUCCGGAAACUGCGGCGGUCCUGCGUGGAGGCAUGCAAACACACGUCCGCGCUGAUACUUCCGCAGAUCCGACAGGCCCUAGCCGAAGGCAUCCUGGCGGAUAACCCUCAUCUGGUGCUGCUCUUCUACCUAGCUCAACUAUUUCUAAGAGAACUGAUCAAAAGCCACCGGCUAGUGCAGGUCAUACCUAUGGAUAUGUCCGGUUAUUAUGAAAACCGCGCCGGUCCGUCAAAUCUCGGGAAUGUGAUAAGUCAGAUUUUACUGUGCAAGCAGAUAACACCCGAUUUCAACCAGGAGGAACUGUGCAGUAUAACCAAGGACUCGCAGGAAAUCGCCAGGAUACUGCAAGACUUGCAAGAGUUUAUGCCCCAGCAGGAGACCUAUUUAGAGCGCACGAUCGCCCUAACGACCGAAAUCAACGGACCAUGGCCAGCAAAACGCCGACGGGGCUCGCUCUACAAAAACAUGGGCCUUUUGUGCUGUGUGUCGCGACCCAACUAUCUAUGAAUAUAGGAGCUAGCUGUUUCCAAUAAUCACUUCCAACCAUCAUCCUGGACCUUGCUACUGAAUCUAAGUAUUCCCAUCGCGUCAGUAUAACCUCAAUCAAACACCACAUCAUCAUCACCAUCGUCGUUGCUAAAGCGACUCAAAAAAAAAACCACAAGCAGCAUAUAGCGAGAACCACCAAAUUCCAGUACCUUUAGAUAAGUUUAUUUUUCUAUGUGUGUUAUUUAGUCUAUUGUAAAGAGGAAAAUCCGAAAAUAGAGAGCGAAAAAGCACUGGUGCAUCAGCUCGGCAGCUGCUGCACCCAUAUCUAUUGAUCUAGCUGAAACAUAUAAUCGAAAAAAGAGAGCGUGGUUUAAUUGAGGGUACUGACGGCAGUUCCAUCGCUCAUAUUCCACGGGAAUGGAGGACUUGGUAAAACUCGAUGAUGAUCCGCUUCAGCCGCCGAUCUCAACAGGGAUUAAAGGCAAUUGGUUCCGAAAUUGGAUCGCAUUAGCGCCAACGGGAAAAAAGGACACCGUCCAUUUUUCCCCCUUCUGUAGCAACCAACAGCACCACCGUUGUGAAGCUUUCAAACUAAUCAUGACAUUAAUUAAAGACGGUUGACCACAUGGACAAAAAAUAAUUAUGUCACCACCCACCAGCACCGCUGGCUGGCGCUGAGCUCGGGUUGGGAAAGUGCGGUUGGUGGUUUUGCCGAACCAUCCUCAGUCCCGUUUCGGAAAAUGCUUCGUCGUACCUGAGGUGAAAGAUAAAAUCCAUUUGAUACCAACAGUACGAAUUAUUCCGAUAGAUGUACACUGUGUACACAUGCUCUCACCCUGGAAUGCUGCACACUGCAGGAUUGCGGUGAAUGUCAAAGGGUACAUGGAAAGUGCAGGGUUGCACUGACUACUGAAUACAGGAAUCCCCGAAAUAGUGCGGGGGGUGGUGCCAUCCACCCAUCGCGAUUUCUCGGCUCGGGUCUUCUAACCAUUUGAGCUGAUUUUCUAUAGGCGACAAAUUUAGGGUUGACGCCAAUCACGUACAAAAUGAUGAAUGUAGUCCAAAGAACAUCAGAAAAAAUAAGAAUCCACACAGAAGUCCGGAAC